CCCGUAACCGCGCGGAUGAGCGGACGCCGGCAUCUGACGCAGCGAAAACGGAGAUCGCGCGGACCCGCGAUUCUUGACUUGUUCAGACUUGGUAUAGAGACCACUCACGACAACGCAUGUUCGCGCGGUUUUAUUAUUGAUAGAUAGAGAAUAAUUUUCUACAAUAAUUUUAUUUAGUGUGACUUCGUGGUGUGAGAUUAUAAAAAAAUGGGUUUUGAUACUGAAAAGUAUAUUUAUGAAAUUGAAUUCCGCCCACCGUUGUGGAAUAUGAAAUGUAAAGAAUAAAGUGAUCGCCUAUUAAAAAACAAAAUGUGGGAAGAAAUGGCCGGUAUCUUCGGAGGAAAAGAAAUGACAACAGAAGAGAAGAAAAACCUAGGUAUGUCACAGCAAAAGAAAUGCAAAAAUGUGCGGGACGCUUUCGUAAAGGAAUAUCGGAAGCUCAGCGCUUUAAAAAGUGGGUCGGGUGCUACGAAAAAACUCUUACAUGUUCUUCAAUCACCUUAUGUUUCUGGAAGACGUUGUUGCUAUAAAUACAAGAUAUAAUAAUUUCACUGAAGUAACACAAGAAACGCAAAAACAGGCAACGGAAGUAGACGAAGUAGACCAAACGGAGGACCCGAUGACACUACAUGCAAAGUACUCUAAGACGGAAGAAGAAAAGGCGAAUGACACACAAGAAGGUGAAAACAUAGGCGCAGAGCUUAUAAACGUUCUAAAACAAAAUGUAUCUAGUAAUGACGAUGACCCAGACCGCCACUUUCUACUAUCGUUGCUAAGCGAUUUUAACAUUUGAAAGGAAUAACUAAAAUAAAUAUAGUGCAAGUGACCAUGGCUACCGACCAGCGCUACAUUUACCAAAUGCGUCCACCACAACCCCAAAACUAUACACAUAAUGCCACUUCGUGCAGUUUCGAUAGAAAUACUCCAGAUCAGUAUGACACUGUGAGAAACACAAGUUCUCCUGAACCUAAUUCUACAAUUUCAGAUCAUUCUCACAUAUCUAAUUACUAUGAAUUGUUUUCUACACAAAAUCAGUUAUGAUUACCAUAUGAUUAUGAG